AUGUCGUUUCCGAACGUCUACACACACCGCAAGGUGGCCGAGUCUGCGGCCAAAGGAUGCGAUGUAUGCUACCGAGCUACAAGCAGCGUUUUGGUUGCCGAAGAGAAGAAGGACUUUUUCUACGUCUGCCCGAACCACCUGAAGGACAAGAAGUUCUGUACGCCCAUUAUCGACAAAGAAGCUGCCGAAGCGAAGAAAAAGAAGGAGAUGGAAGAAGAGGUCGAGCGCGUCAAGAAAGAGUACGAGGAGAAGCAGAAGAAGAAGAAGGAAAAGGAGGAGAAGGAUAAGAAGUCGGACAAAGACAAGGACAAGGACGAGAAGAAGGACGAGAAGAAGGCUGAAGACGAUUCGAAAGAUGACGACACAAAACCCAAGGACAAGGCACCUUCGGCCCCCUCCGCGGAGGAAGAGCCCCGCGUUUUUGCCCUCCACAAGAACUUCUACGGCAUGCGGCUCGAGAAAAAGCGCCAACUUGAGAUUGCAAAGAGGAACAGGGAACGACUGCAGCAGCCAAACUUCUUCCCCUCAGUUCCCAAGGGCGCCCCGGGCAGCUAA